AGGGGCGAUUAUGCAACAGCUGCCCAAAUAAAGGAGGUCAAAGAUUGCGCCCCGGGCUGGCCUGGGCCGGGGAUAUAGGCGCUCGGCGCUGGCCCGCUGCGCAGAAGCGGGUCGACCUCUGCUCGCCGCUCCUCGCCGCACAGGGACGCAGAAUGAGGAUCGCCUUGAGCACUUUACUGGCCUGCGCCGCCUUGGGGCUAUGUCUGGCUGUUCCUGAGAAAACUGUGAGGUGGUGUGCUGUGUUAGAUCAUGAGGCCAGCAAAUGUGCCAGUUUCCGUGACAAUAUGAAGAAAGUCCUUCCAGCAGAUGGUCCCCGCAUCAUUUGUGUGAAGAAAAACUCCCACCUGGAUUGCAUCAAGAGCAUUGUGGCAAGUGAAGCAGACGCUGUUACAGUAGAUGCAGGUUUGGUGCACGAGGCAGGCCUGGCUCCCAACAACCUGAAGCCUGUAGUGGCAGAGUUCUAUGGGUCACAAGAGAAUCCACAGACCUUCUAUUUUGCUGUUGCCGUGGUGAAGAAGGACACCAACUUCCAGCUGAGCCAGCUCCAAGGCAAGAAGUCCUGCCACACUGGCCUUGGCAGGUCUGCUGGGUGGAACAUCCCCAUCGGCUUACUUUUUUGUGACUUACCUGAGCCACGUAAACCCCUUGAAAAAGCAGUGGCCAGUUUCUUCUCGGGCAGCUGUGUCCCCUGUGCAGAUGGGGCGGCCUUCCCUCAACUGUGUCAACUGUGUCCAGGAUGUGGUUGCUCCUCCCUUCAGCCAUAUUUCGGCUAUGCAGGUGCCUUCAAAUGUCUCAAGGAUGGUGGUGGGGAUGUGGCCUUCGUCAAGCACUUAACCAUAUUUGAGGUCCUGCCUCAGAAGGCUGACAGGGACCAAUAUGAGCUGCUCUGCCCGGACAACACCCGGAGGCCAGUGGAUGAGUAUGCGCAGUGCUAUCUGGCCAAGGUCCCCUCUCAUGCUGUCGUAGCUCGGAGUGUGGAUGGCAAGGAGGACUUGAUCUGGGAGCUCCUCAGCCAGGCCCAGGAACAUUUUGGCAGAGACAAAUCAAAAGAAUUCCACUUGUUCAGCUCUUCUCAUGGGAAGGAUCUGCUGUUUAAAGACUCUGCACAAGGGUUUUUAAGGAUUCCCCCCAGGAUGGACUAUAGGCUGUAUCUGGGCUAUCCGUACAUCACUGCUAUUCGGAAUCUACGGGAAGGCAUAUGCCCAGAAAGCUCACAGGAAGAAGCAAAGACACUGAAGUGGUGUGCACUGAGCCACCAUGAGAGGCACAAGUGUGAUGAGUGGAGCGUUAAGAGUGAUGGAAAAAUAGAGUGUGAAUCAGCAGAGACCACGGAAGAUUGCAUUGCCAAGAUCAUGAGUGGGGAAGCAGAUGCUAUGAGCUUGGAUGGCGGAUUUGUCUACAUAGCCGGCCAGUGUGGUCUGGUGCCUGUUAUGGCAGAAAACUACGAAAGCUCUAGUUGUCAAGGACCACCAGAAAAAGGGUAUUUUGGUGUGGCAGUGGUAAAGAAAUCAGAUCCUGACAUCAAUUGGAAUAAUUUGGAGGGCAAGAAGUCUUGCCACACUGCAGUAGACAGAACCGCUGGCUGGAACAUUCCCAUGGGUCUGCUCUACAGCAGAAUCAACCACUGCAGAUUUGAUGAAUUUUUCAGUCAAGGCUGUGCCCCUGGGUCUAUCAAAAAUUCCAGUCUCUGUAAGCUCUGUAUUGGCCCAAAUGUGUGUGCUCCCAACAACAAAGAAGUGUACUAUGGCUACACAGGGGCUUUCCGGUGUCUGGUUGAGAAAGGAGAUGUGGCCUUUGUGAAGCACAAGACUGUCAUGCAGAACACUGAUGGAAACAACCCUGAUUCGUGGGCUAGCAAUCUUAAGAAGGACGACUUUGAGCUGCUGUGCCCUGAUGGCAGCAGGAAGUCUGUGGAUGAGUAUGAGAAAUGCCACCUGGCCCGAGCCCCAAAUCAUGCUGUGGUCGCACGGAAAGAUAAGGCAGAAUAUGUUCGCGAAGUGUUAGUGAAACAGCAGAGUCAAUUUGGAAGUCAUGUAUCUGACUGCACAAGCCAAUUUUGUUUGUUCCGGUCUAAAACCAAGGAUCUUCUGUUCAGGGAUGAUACGAAAUGUUUGGUCAGAGUUGAGAAUUCUGUCACCCCUGAAAAGUACUUAGGAGAGGAGUAUGUCAAGGCUGUUGGUAACCUGAAAAAAUGCUCAACCUCACGACUCUUGGAAGCCUGCACUUUCCACAAACUUUAAAAUCCAAGAGAUGGGUCUGCCGCUGCAAGGGAGAUGACAGCUCAGGUGACCUACAGGCUUCUUUCUCCUAGUCUUGCUGGCCUGAGGAGUUUGUGCCAACCCUGUCUGUCUUUGAACUCUGUGUUGUCACAUGUACAGGACACAAAUAAAAUUUUUUGUUGAAUUUUA